UACCCGCCCAAACGGAGCUAUUGCUAAAAACAACUCGUAAAUUCUCACUGUUUUUAGGGUUCAAGGAACAAGAGGGGUUUUGGGGAAUAUUUGCACAUUGUGGUUUGUGAGAUCUCCUCUGAAAUUCAGGUUUGUUCCUCUUCUUCCUCCUAAAAAAUUCAUCAAAUGAUCAAGUUUAUCUUUACGAACGCUUUGCGCCAUGUAAGUUCUGCUGCUAAAUCUUCUGCGGCCCACAAUAUCCAUUUCCUUCAAAUCCACCCCUUUUCCUCAUCUCUCAAAUCCCUUCAAAACCCAAAAAUUCAACACCCAUUCACAGUCACUUACCUCAUAAAAUCAUGUGGGUUUUCUGCAGAAGUAGCCAUUUCCGCAUCAAAGCGUGUUAAUUUCGAAUCUCCCAAAAGGCCAAACUCUGUACUGGCAUUCUUCAAGAACAAUGAAUUCACCAAAACCCAGAUCUCAAACGUCAUUAAAAAGUACCCUCAGUUACUCAUAUCCGAUCCCAAUAAAACCCUUUUGCCCAAAAUCGAGUUUCUCAAAUCUAAAGGCGUUUCAGCCAAAGAUGUUGCCAGGAUAAUGUCUACAUCGGCAUUUGCUGUGAGAAGUUUGGAAAAUUUGAUCAUCCCGUCUUUCAAUUUCUGUAGUAAUUUGCUUCGAUCCGAAGAGAAAACCAUAGCUGCUAUUAAACGUUGUGCUAUGCUUCUUUCGUUAGACAAUCUAACUCAUGUCACACCCAACAUCGAAAUCUUGCGUGAAGCCAGUGUGCCGAAUGCCCAUGUAAUAAGUUCGUUUUUGAAGCAACCUAGACCAUUCAUGAUGCGCAGCAAUGAGUUUCGACAGAUCGUGGAGGAUGUAGAGAAAAUGGGGUUUGACCCUUCGAAGGGGAGUUUCUUGAGAGCAAUUCAUGUGUUGAGAGCAGUGAGUAAAUCUACGUGGGAGAAGAAGGUUGAGGUUUAUAAGAAAUGGGGUUGGACCAAGGAUGAGAUUCUUGUAGCUUUUAAGUUGUUUCCGGAUUGUAUGCGAGUGUCGGAGGAUAAGAUCAAUCGGGUGAUGGAUUUUGCUAUCAAUCAAAUCGGUUGGGAGUCUUCGGUCAUUGCAAGACGGCCAGUACUCAUUUCGUUGAGCUUUGAGAAGAGGAUCCUUCCAAGGUUUGCCAUUUAUCGAGUUUUGUCGUCGAAGGGUAUAAUUAAGACCAAAGGUAUUAGUUCUACGACACUGUCAAUUUCUGAAAAGCUGUUUCUAGAGAAGUUUGUAAUGCGUUACAGGGAAGAAGCUCCGGAACUAUUGAAGUUGUACAAGGAAUAGUUAGAACUUGCAAUGUAGUAUAGGACAUGGGGGUUGUGAGGAUUAAGAGUAGAUUGGUUAAGGAUUCCUCUCGUUGAUACCGAGCCGACGCACAAUCGAUUUGUUUUGCUUCUUUUAUUUGAGAUUUUGGAUAUCGGGUUUCUACUAUUUCUGGUACAACGAGGUAAUCGAUCCAAAUUUAGUACUAUUUGGAAGCAAGUUUGAGUCCUUUGUUUUCAGUCACCGGCAAAAUGCACACUCUGAAGUCAGAAGCUCCAGAUUGUCGCGCAUUGAGGAUUCCAUCUUGUCGUAAUGGUUGUCUUGACUCUUGGUGCAAGGAUUACGACGAGAUCCCACAAAUUCCUAAUUUAACGAAACUUAAGCAUCUUAUAUUGGAUAUCGACAGUCAUUCUUGCUCAAGAAUUCCUUGUUUCACUUCUCUAGUUGAGGCAGCUCCGUCUUUGCAAAAAUUUACAUUCAAGUGGAAUUCGUCUGUCCAGUCAAGGGGAAACUAUCAAAGACGUUAACUCCGCAUCCCCACGAGUGCCUCAAGGAUAUGGAGAUUU